ACAACCGUGAGUGUCUAACUCACUGUUCUUGAAAAACUUAAAAUAAAAAAUAUACAAAAAAAUAUAAAAUAUACAAAAUCUUUAUAAAAAACAAGUACCGCAAUACUUAAAAGAAAAAAAAAACAUACAUUUAAAAAAAAUAGCAAAAAAUUAAUUUCUUGAAAAAAAAAACACAACCAGGAGGCCUCGGGCUCAUCCCGAAGUUGGUGUCUUUUUUUUUUUUAUUAUUUAAGGAAGGAAUUCAUCAGAAGACGUCGAUCUUUAAUUUUCUUUUUUCUUUUUCAUUUUGGUCUUUUUCCCACUGCGCUGCGUGUCGGAGCCGGCUGCCUGCAGCGUGUCUUCUCCUGACUGAAGCGCGUCUCUCGCCCGGAUUACACUUCAGGGGGCUUCUUCUUUUUAAUUCUUUAGGCUUAAAUUUCUCUUUUCUCUGAGGGGAGAUCCGCUUUUAUUCACUGGCUGACGUCCGAGAUAUGAACACUGCGACCGGGAGUUAUCCGAUGGCUUCUCUCUACGUUGGCGACCUGCACCCCGACAUCACGGAGGCUAUGCUGUAUGAGAAAUUCAGCCCCGCCGGCCCGGUGCUCUCCAUUCGGGUCUGCCGCGACAUGAUCACCCGCCGCUCGCUCGGAUACGCUUACGUGAACUUCUCGCAGCCGGCCGACGCCGAGCGGGCCCUGGACACCAUGAACUUUGACGUGGUCAAAGGGAAGCCGAUCAGGAUCAUGUGGUCCCAGAGAGACCCCUCCCUCAGGAAGUCGGGCGUCGGCAACGUGUUUAUCAAGAACCUUGACAAGUCCAUCGACAACAAAGCCCUGUACGACACCUUCUCUGCCUUCGGCAACAUCCUCUCCUGCAAGGUGGUGUGUGAUGAAAAUGGCUCUAAGGGAUACGCCUUUGUCCAUUUCGAGACCCAGGACGCAGCCGACCGCGCCAUCGAGAAGAUGAACGGCAUGCUCCUGAAUGACCGCAAGGUGUUCGUGGGCCGCUUCAAAUCUCGCAAAGAGCGAGAGGCCGAACUGGGCGCCAAAGCCAAAGAGUUCACCAACGUCUACAUCAAGAACUUUGGGGACGAUAUGGAUGAUGACAAGCUGAAGGAGCUUUUUGACAAAUAUGGAAAAACACUCAGCGUGAAAGUGAUGACAGACCCAACCGGCAAAUCCAGAGGCUUUGGAUUUGUGAGUUAUGAGAAACACGAGGACGCCAACAAGGCCGUGGAGGAAAUGAAUGGCACCGAGCUCAACGGCAAGACUGUGUUUGUGGGCAGAGCUCAGAAGAAAAUGGAGAGGCAGGCCGAGCUGAAGAGGAAGUUUGAGCUGCUGAAGCAGGAGAGGAUCAGUCGCUAUCAGGGAGUUAAUCUUUACAUCAAGAACCUCGACGACACCAUAGAUGAUGAGAAACUGCGCAAGGAGUUCUCUCCAUUCGGGUCAAUCACAAGUGCCAAGGUGAUGCUGGAGGAGGGCCGCUCCAAAGGCUUUGGCUUUGUCUGCUUCUCCUCGCCUGAAGAGGCCACCAAGGCCGUGACCGAGAUGAACGGACGCAUCGUGGGCUCCAAGCCCCUCUACGUGGCUCUCGCCCAGCGCAAAGAGGAGCGCAAAGCCCACCUCACCAACCAGUAUAUGCAGCGCAUCGCCGGCAUGAGGGCCAUGCCGGCUAACGCCAUCAUUAAUCAGUUCCAACCCACCAGUGGCUACUUCAUGCCGGCCGUGCCUCAGGCUCAGAAUAGGACUACCUACUACGCGCCCAAUCAGCUUGCUCAAAUGCGACCCAACCCCCGAUGGCAGCAACAAGGCGGCAGAGGUCAAGGUGGUUUCCAGGGGAUUCCCAACUCGCUUCGCCAGCCGGGACCUCGUGCCAACCUGAGGCACAUGUCCCCAAACAGCAGCACACAGGGGCCGCGAGCUUCUGGGCAGAACAUGGCUCCUCGUCCCUCGAUGAACGUCCCCGGCCCCCGGGCCAUGCCUCCUUACAAGUACGCCUCCGGUGUCCGUAACCCCAACCCCCAGGUGGUGCAGCCCAUCGCCUUACAGCAGGCUCAGCCAGCGGUGCACGUUCAGGGUCAGGAGCCGCUCACAGCCUCCAUGCUGGCUGCUGCGCCGCCUCAGGAGCAGAAACAGAUGUUAGGGGAGCGUCUUUUCCCACUGAUUCAGGCCAUGCAUGCCAACCUGGCAGGAAAGAUCACCGGCAUGUUGCUGGAGAUCGACAACUCCGAGUUGCUACACAUGCUGGAGUCUCACGAGUCUUUGCGUUCUAAGGUGGAGGAAGCUGUUGCAGUGCUGCAAGCCCACCAGGCGAAGAAGGACGCCACUCAGAAGGUGGGCAGCAUGGCGGCGACCACCGCUGCCCCCACUUCCUGAAGACUCAGCAUUACCUCGGACACCGAAAGACCAGCAGAGAUGAGGAGAAACAAACAACAAUGACUGCAAACAACAGAUUAUACAAAAAGAAAUUAAAAAAUAUUUCUAAUUCAAACUCUACUUGAACGUUUUGAAAA